AAGCACCCCAUUUCCCCCCACCCCCCAGCCCUUCAUUUUCUCUGUUGAUUCCCCACAAAACUCCCCCAUUUGCAUCAUCACACCGCCAUUCAAAAAUCCCAUUUUCCCUUUUUUUUUUCAAAUCAUUCCUCAAGCCCUAGAUCUCAUCUCUCCCCUUUUUUCUUCUCAAAAUCUAGGGUUUCUUAUCUAUUUCUAUCUCUUGAUUUUUGGAUUCCCACAACCCUUAUUUUGUUGUUGAUUUGUAUCUGUGUCUUGUCCUUCAUAUCGAUCUCUCAUGGAGGCGAUCGAUGAAUUGGUGCAGCUCUCCGACUCGAUGCGCCAAGCGGCGGCGUUGCUGGCUGAUGAGGAUGUGGACGAGUCGGCGUCGUCUUCGAAGAGGCCGUCGACGUUUCUGAAUGUUGUUGCUCUUGGCAAUGUGGGUGCUGGUAAAUCAGCUGUGCUCAACAGUCUUAUUGGGCAUCCUGUUUUGCCAACUGGUGAAAAUGGUGCUACUCGCGCUCCCAUAAGCAUUGAUUUAAAUAGGGAUGCUUCUGUAAGCAGUAGAUCGAUCAUAUUGCAAAUUGACAAUAAAUCUCAGCAAGUUUCUGCAAGUGCUCUUCGGCAUUCUCUACAGGAUAGGCUUAGUAAGAGUUCAUCAGGCAAGAGUCGUGAUGAAAUAUAUCUGAAGCUUCGCACUAGUACAGCUCCACCAUUGAAAUUAAUCGAUUUACCUGGAUUGGAUCAACGCAUUGUGGAUGAUUCAAUGAUCAGUGGCUAUGUUCAACACAAUGAUGCAAUUUUACUAGUUAUAACACCUGCUGCCCAAGCACCAGAAAUUUCUUCAUCCCGAGCGCUUCGAAUUGCGAAGGAAUAUGAUGCAGAUAGUACCAGAACAAUUGGUGUGAUUAGUAAAAUAGAUCAAGCAGCAGGGGAACCCAAAAUCCUUGCUGCUGUUCAGGCUCUCUUGUCAAAUCAGGGACCACGGAGCACUUCUGAUAUCCCAUGGGUUGCUUUAAUCGGUCAAUCUGUUUCUAUAGCUUCUGCUCAAUCUGGAAAUGCUGGGUCUGAGAAUUCUUUAGAAACUGCUUGGCGAGCUGAGAGUGAAACUCUUAAAUCUAUAUUACCUGGAGCCCCUCAGAACAAGCUUGGAAGAGUAGCUUUGGUGGACGCCCUUGCUCAACAGAUUCGUAAUCGUAUGAAAGUCAGGCUCCCAAAUCUCCUCUCAGGGCUUCAGGGAAAGUCUCAAAUUGUUCAGGAGGAAUUAGUCAGGCUUGGUGAACAAAUGGUUGACAGUGUUGAGGGCACAAGGGCUAUUGCUUUGCAGCUUUGCCGUGAAUUUGAGGAUAAGUUUCUACAACAUCUUGCACAUGGUGAGGGUAGCGGUUGGAAAGUUGUUGCAAGUUUUGAAGGCAAUUUCCCCAACAGGAUCAAGCAGCUACCUUUAGAUAAACAUUUUGAUAUAAACAAUGUCAAAAGAAUUGUGCUAGAAGCAGAUGGUUAUCAACCUUAUCUUAUAUCUCCAGAAAAAGGUUUAAGGUCUCUAAUAAAAAUUGUCCUGGAGCUGGCAAAAGAGCCAUCACGCCUUUGUGUUGAUGAGGUGCACCGUGUGCUUGUUGACAUAGUCUCUGCUGCUGCAAAUGCUACACCGGGUCUGGGAAGAUACCCUCCUUUUAAGAGAGAGGUUGUGGCAAUUGCAUCUACUGCACUGGAAGGGUUUAAGAAUGAGGCAAAGAAAAUGGUUGUUGCACUUGUUGAUAUGGAGCGUGCAUUUGUUCCCCCUCAGCAUUUCAUCCGUCUGGUGCAAAGGCGGAUGGAUAGGCAACGCCGGGAAGAAGAAGUAAAAAACCGCUCCUCAAAGAAAGGACUUGAUGCAGAGCAAUCCAUUCUGAAUAGGGCUACUAGUCCUCAAACAGGAGGUCAACAAACUGGAGGAAGUUUAAAGACCAUGAAAGAUAAAUCCAGUCAGCAAGAUAAGGAGGGACAAGAGGGCCCAGCCUUGAAGACUGCAGGGCCUGGUGGGGAGAUAACAGCAGGAUUUUUAUUGAAGAGAAGCGCCAAAACAAAUGGAUGGAGUAGGCGAUGGUUUGUUUUAAAUGAGAAAAGUAGUAAGCUUGGAUAUACCAAAAAACAAGAAGAAAGACAUUUUCGUGGUGUUAUUAAUUUGGAGGAAUGCAACAUUGAAGAAAUUGCUGAUGAAGAUGAACCCCCACCAAAAAGUUCCAAAAGUAAAAAGGAAAAUGGACCAGAGAAAUCACCCAGUCUUGUCUUCAAAAUAACCAGCAAAGUUCCAUAUAAGACAGUUCUGAAAGCUCACAGUGCUGUUGUGUUAAAGGCUGAGAGCGCAGCGGAUAAGGCUGAGUGGUUAAACAAAUUGAGAAAUGUUAUUCAGCCUUCAGGUCAAGUGAAGGGUGACUCUGGUCUUACCAUGCGGCAAAGUCUUUCUGAUGGUUCUCUUGAUACAAUGGCCAGAAGACCUGCAGAUCCAGAAGAAGAGCUCCGAUGGAUGUCUCAAGAAGUGCGUGGUUAUGUUGAAGCUGUUCUGAACAGCCUUGCUGCCAAUGUCCCAAAAGCAGUUGUCCUUUGCCAAGUAGAAAAAUCCAAGGAAGAUAUGCUUAAUCAGUUAUACAGUUCUGUCAGUGCCCAAAGCACCGCAAGGAUUGAAGAACUACUUCAGGAGGAUCAGAAUGUGAAACGAAGGAGGGAGCGUAACCAGAAACAGUCCUCUCUUCUUGCAAAGCUCACAAAGCAGCUUAGCAUCCAUGACAACCGUGCAGCUGCUGCUUCUAGCAGCUGGUCCAAUGGUGGUGCAGAGAGCAGCCCGAGAACCCCCGGACCCUCAUCAGGUGAUGACUGGAGAUCUGCUUUUGAUGCUGCUGCCAACGGACCUACUGACUCAUAUAGCAACUCGUCUAGGUCUGGAGCCAAUGGUCACAGCAGGAGAUACAGUGACCCAUCACAGAAUGGUGAUGCAAACUCAGGCCCAAACUCCGGCAGCCGACGCACUCCUAACCGGUUGCCACCGGCCCCACCACAGUCUGGUUCAAGUUAUAGAUAUUAGAUAAAAACCAAAAAAAAGAAAAAAGAAAAAAACUUGAAUUCAUGCAUUCUUGUUGGGGUUGGUUUUUUGUCCUGCUCCAUGUAUUGAGCAUCUGUUGAGAAGCUCAAUAUUAUGUUAUAGUAAUCUAUGUAGAAGAAUGGGUCCCCUCUGUAGAUAAAGCAUUGCAGUUCAUAUUGUUCUUUUCCCCCCUUGUGUUUACAAACUGUUGAAUCUUUAAGGUGUACUUGGGAUCUGUUCAUUAAAUUUUUCUCUUCUUUGUGGUUUUGCCAUCA